AUGGCUGCCCCAAGGCUUCCAUUCCUUUACCCGAAUUUGAUGCGCGCUGUGAGAUCCUGCGAACCUCAUACGUACCGCUCCCUUCGCCUUUCAUCCCGCAACCAGCACUCUCCCUUCCACACCAGUCGACGACACGCCCAAGAGACCUAUCACCGACGAUACGGGCCCGCGGCUGAAGCAAAUCUACCUCCCCCCUCCAAGCCCAAAGACGAAGCAUCCCGCCAGAAAACCGCAAACCCUUCCUCGGGGAAAAACAAGGACAGCAACGCAGCUCUGUCUCCGAGCCAAGCCCCACCAGAGCAGUCAGAGCAAACGGACACCGAGAGCAUCCCCUCAGAAGCCUCUAAUUCGCAACCCGACAAGUCCACAGCCCCGGCUACUGAACAGUCAGAUGAGCAUGAAGCCGCAGAAGAACAAGAGUCUCGCGAGGACUUCGAACCCGCACCCGACACUCGGGAUGCCGAAGAGGCAACUGCUGCCCCGAGUGAAAGACCUCCCGAAGAACCAAUCCAUCUCUUCCAUCCGCUCAAUCAAAACCCUCUCGAUGGGGUCCUUCAUAUGCCGUCUCCUGCCUCCUACCUAACCACAACAGAUGGCCCAACCUCAGGAAACAAAUCGCCAAACCUCGCCCCAGCCCCUUACGUCCACCACUUCGAUUCGUACUCGCUGGUCCGCGAUCUUUCCACAGGCGGGUUCUCGGAAGAGCAAUCCGUCACGAUGAUGAAGGCAGUGCGAACCAUCCUGCACAGUAACCUCGAUCUCGCAAGACAAAGCCUGACCUCCAAGUCGGAUGUUGAGAACGAAUCCUACCUGUUCAAAGCGGCCUGCUCGGAACUCCAGUCAUCCCUGCAGACGGCGAGAACCUCAGAAAUGCAGCGUCAGCGUGCUUCCCGGACACAAUUGCAACAUGAAUCAGACAUCCUGUCUCAACGCUUGAACCAGGAACUGGCGGGACUGAAAGAUGACAUCAAGGGGAUGUUCAACGACCACAAGAUGUCGACCCGCGAACAACAACGGAGUAUCGAUACUUCUGUACAAGAGCUCAAUUACAAAAUCACGGUCUCCCUGAACAGCGACGGUAAGAGCGAAAUCGAAGGACUGAGAUGGAUCUUAACCAGAAGAGCCGCUAUGGCUAUUGCCACGAGUGCCUUCAUGAUUAUCAUCUUCCUGAAAUACUACUCCGUCCGCAAGGCCCGGGAGAGCGCCGAGAAGAAGAAAAAGAAACAAGACCUUUCCGGCAAGGUUACCAAGGAGGCCCGAGCAGCCGCCCAAGACCCUAUUUCUCGGCCCAAGUCCAAACCAGUCCCUGAAGUUCUUCUCGGAGAAUCGCUUGGCUAA